AUGGCCCCAAAACGGAAAUACUUACGCUCUUUAUACAUCCUUCCUGACGGUGUACCUAACUUGCAUCACUGUCGACAUUGUGGAAAAGUUGUUUGUGACAAGUGCUCAUCGUAUCGGUGGCUUUUGCCUUAUCUUGGCUCCGACCGAGUACGCGUCUGUCGUCUCUGUCAUAAUGAACUGCAGGCAGAACAGUUGCACUCGUCACGCCGACUGCGCACUAGUGACCCACCCAGUCUUCAGUACCAGUUCCAGAAACAGCCGACAUCUACACCGGCACUGGCACCAACCACUUCUCAUUCAUCCGUUAUCAUCACAAGUGUCUUUACGUCAGGUUCACAGCUUCACCAUCAGCCUUCACAGCCUUCACAUCUAUGUCAACCGGAGGGGACCACGAGUCUAUAUACAAGUGCUACGCCCGUGGAUGCAUCCGUAAUGCACCAGAAAGUUGCUACUUCUUGCGUGGCCGCCGGCGUCCCAGUUAAUGUAUCUUAUUUGAACGUCCCUGCUCAACAAACUCAGAGUCAUACAGGUGCUUUGUCAGUUCAUUUUGUCUUGAAUGACCUUUAUUUUAUUUAG